CUGGCCGGCACCCAACCAUAAACAUAGUAGUUCAGUCAAUCCCAUAGAUCGCCGGACAACAAUCCGAUAUUAGCGGCGAAAGAAUGGCGAAGAAGGCGGUACUAAUCGGCUGUAACUAUCCGGGGACGAAGGCUGAGCUGAAGGGUUGUGUGAAUGACGUGCGACGAAUGCAUCGAUGCCUGGUGGAUCGCUACGGCUUCGAGGAGAGUGACAUCAAGGUAAUGAUAGACACUGACGCCGCCGUCACCCAACCCACCGGUGCUAACAUCCGCCGCGCCAUCACCAGCCUUGUCCGCUCAGCGGAACCCGGCGAUUACCUCUUUGUUCACUACAGCGGUCAUGGAACCCGACUACCGGCUGAAACUGGAGAAGAGGACGACACGGGUUAUGACGAGUGUAUCGUUCCCUGCGAUAUGAAUCUCAUUACUGAUGAUGAUUUCAGGUUGUUUGUGGAGGAACUCCCUGAAGGCUGCAGGUUGACAAUCAUCUCUGACUCCUGCCACAGUGGCGGCCUGAUUGAGAACACCAAGGAGCAGAUUGGUGAGAGCACAAAGCGUGAUGAUGAUGACGACGAUGAACAAUCUAGCCCUGUAUUCAGCCUCUCAUCCUUCCUGAAAAAAACUGUCAAGAACAAAGUAAAGAAUGCACUAAAAUCACGUGGAAUUGAUAGCCAUUACGGCCAUCGUCGUCACCAUCACCACGACGAUGACGGCGACGAAGAUGAAGAGGACGACAAUGAUUUCGAUGAACCCGAGAACUCUAUCAUGAAGGAUCGAUCCCUCCCUCUCUCCACUCUGAUUGAGAUCCUCAAACAGAAGACAGGCAAUGAAGACAUUGAUGUGGGAAACAUCAGACCAACUCUCUUCGAUAUGUUCGGCGAGGAUUCCAGCCCCAAAGUGAAGAAAUUCAUGAAGGUCAUACUGCAAAAGUUACAUCGCCAUGGAAGCCAUGGCGAGGGCGACAGCGAGGGUGGAUUCUUCGGCUUAGUGGGAGGCCUUGCAGUGCAGUUUAUGAAGCAUAAACUUGAGGAAAAUGAUGAGAACUAUGCCAAGCCAGCCAUGGAAACCAGAGUUUACAGAAAAGAAGAAGCUUAUGCUGGCACAAAACAGGGAAAGCUUCCUCAUAAUGGAGUUCUUAUCAGUGGAUGCCAGUCUGAUCAGACCUCAGCAGAUGCUAACCCUACAGGAAAUAGUGAGGAAGCCUAUGGGGCUCUCAGCAAUUCAAUCCAGACCAUUCUUUCUCAGAUCGACGGCGACAUAAGCAACCGGAAGCUUGUACUGAAUGCAAGGAAGAUGCUAUCCAGGCAGGGAUUCAAGCAGCGACCAGGACUUUACUGCAAUGAUGAUGUUGUGGACGAGCCAUUUGUGUGCUGAAAGAGGUAUUUGAUGAUCUUUUUUUCUAUAUAAAUUAUGUUUGUGUUAUUGCGAGAACUGUUUUUGAAUGCUUUCUCUGCUGUUAGAAGAAGAGUUUGAGGGAUUUUUUUUUUUAUGAAUCCAUAUCUUUUAUGAAUAAAGAGAAUGAAUCUUUUUAACUCUCAUAACAUAUGAUAUUUCAUUCUCAUUUCCUGUUCA